AUGGAUGAUCCGACCAGGUUUGCGAAGAAAAGCUCAUUCAAGACACGAACCUGGAAUGCUUCAGCAUCAUUCCUUCAUACGACAAUGAAUCUUUUUUAUUUAACUAGCAUUUCCUUUACAAGUAUCGUGUAUUUCGUAGAAGGUACUAAAUGCCUAGGAGGCGCGGAAGUGCCAACGGCCAUUUACACAUUCUGCUACCUCUACGGCAUGUCAUCUGCCGACGGGUACGUUUCGUAUUAUCCGUGGAUCCUGUUAUUCCUCGCCGUCCAGUGCGCGAUUAACCUCGCUCCUUUUCUCAUCUACGGUCCAGCUUGUCGAAAAAGUCUCCAGGACUUCGAGAAGCUCAGACACGCUUAUCUCUCUUUCCCUGAAGAGUGCGACAUUCGCGACGAGAAAAUUAUGACACCUGCUUCGAAGGACAGGGCCAUUUUAGAAGCAGUGGAUCUCGUCAAAGGAAGGAUCGACAACAGCGUCAACAGAACGUGGAUGUUCAAUUAUUUUAUCUUGGAAAUUUUCAGCAUAGUAGCUUUUCUUACCAGGGUAUUUUUUGCCGAUAAAUUUCUUAAUCAAAAGUACAGGUAUUUAGGAUUUAAACUUGACAAGUUGGAGUCUAUCUUCCCGACUGUAGGAAAGUGUACAUUUCGCAAAUUUGGACCGUCGGGAACUAUACAAAUCUUCGAUUUUUACUGCGUGCUCACAAUCAACUCGAUCUUCGACAAAGUGAUGGUCGUUAAUUGGUUCUUGGACGUUAUCGCAGCAAUCCUUCUAGCGGGAAACCUUCUAUUCGAGUUUUUCCAAAUUUUGUUCCACAAAGGAGAAUUUUUUAACAAACUGUUCGGGCCUCCUGUAGCGAACGUUGAUCGGAGUUGGUUCCAAGGCUUGAAUUACUCUGACUGGCUGUUCUUCUCCUAUUUGUCGGAAAACACACCACCUCAGAUCUUCACCGACCUGAUCACCCAAGUGCAUCAAGGAUAUCACCGAGGGGAAAAAGUCGUCAAAGAAGAAAGCGUAUCACAUCUGGCUGUAAGUGAAUCUCACAACUAA